AUGAAGACUGUUAUAAUCCCCCUUGUCGAACUAAAUGUUCCCGGUUGCGACUGUACCAUAUCUGCGCAUAGGUUUGAUGCAGAGUGGUGCCUCGACUUGCACGGAUACCUUAAUCGCGAGGAAUUUGCUGCUCGAUUAAGAGAAAUCAACAACUAUAUUAAACAGUAUCCGUUGUUGAGUUCAAAGCAAAAAAGUUAUCUCACGUACGUUAUCUCUGGAAUGGCCAUAUUUGUGGCUUUUGUCGCCUUUAUUCUUAUUUUUACCACAGAGUAUAGCUCUAUAAAUGAUAUUACCUUCCCCGCUGUCACAAUUGAUGGCAUACUUGGACUCCUACUUCCAAUAGGACGAAAAAUUAUUGAUCAAAUAGCAAAAAAUCGUACCAUAUUAUUUUCGCAAGCCUUGCAACCUGUGCUCGACCAUUAUAAUCGACAAGAAAACCCAACCGCUAAUUGGAAGCUUGUUUGGCGUGUUGUUGUCACUCAUUAUAGCAUAAAAAUAGACUCGCACGGUAAUGGUUCAGCUAAACCAGUAUACGCCGAGCAAGCAGAGUUAGUGGUCGAAAUCAAUGACGCUCUCGCCAAUCUUACGGCUCAUACCGUCCGCCUAAACCUUCCUCUUACUACAGUGUCUAGGCCAUCUACUGUAGCCCCUACGUCCUCCACUACGGUUUCUAGGGUGUCUACUAUAAAUACUACUUAUCCUCCUCGGAAGGGUGUGUCAUAA